AAAACAGCAACGGUGGCCGUUGGGGGAAGAGAGUAAAUAGAGAGAGAAGCCUCAAGAUGGCUGACUCGCUGGGCUCCAUUCACCUCACUGGAGCUGCUACUGCAGUGGCCACGGCGGUCGCGUCCGCCAAGAGCCCGCUCGCCAAGCCGACCGAGGCAAAGGGAGCCCCGGACAACCGCUCUCAGUCUUCCCGGGAAUGCAACCCGCCACCGCCCAAGAAGGUCCGGGUCGAGGAGAGGAGCGUUAAACCCAAGAAACUCAACAGGGAAGGAGGAGUGGGAGGCAACAGUAGCACUAAAGAGAAGCUCCAGCCGCCCCCGAAGCAGAGUUAUGGCAGCCCAGGUUUGUGGGGCUUCAGCCCGACCAAGGCGAGCAGCAACAACCCCUCCGUGCCUGCUGGUGGGUCUCAGCCACCGACCAACACACAUAAAGUCUUCAAACAGAGCGAUUUCUUCCUCCACAAAGCGCCUUCCUCCUGCAAACCCAAGAAACCCAAUAAAGAUAAACAGCGGGAGAAAGAGAGGGAGAAGAGGAAAGGAGGCGGGGAGGAGAAAAAGAAACAUAAGCUGUUGGCCACUGGACCCGGGAGCAGCAAUAACAACAAUAAUAUUAGUGGAUUUAAUAACAUUUCUGCAAUGAAGAUAGAAAACGGGGAGGUCACACUGCAACAGAAAGAGCACUCAAACAAGGACAAGGCUAAAGACAAAGACAGAGAGGAGCGGGACAAGAAGAAGGUCAAAGAGAGGGAGAAAGAGAAAAAGAAACACAAGGUGAUGAACGAGAUCAAAAGGGAGAAUGGAGAGGUCAAGCAGCCGAUAAAAGGCGAAAAAGAGAAAACCAAGAUCAACGCGGAGGAGCUGCAGAUCAAAAAAGUCAAGAAGAAAAAGAAGAAGAAACACAAAGAGGGGGAGAAGCACAAACGAUUGAAGAUGUACCACCGCUCCAGCCAAACCAUUUGUGCCGGCCUGCUUCUCCUCCGUCCUUCCUCUCCCUCGCCUUCCUCCGCGUCCAAACACACGCUCCCCUCAUCUCCUUUCAAAAUCCCACUCCCUGUUCAUCCUCCUUUUCAUAACAACAAAAACUCUCUGUUGCCUCCUCUUUCCUCCAAAUCCCUUUGUAACUCCUCCCUCCCCGACUCCAACAACUCUACCAAGAACCCCUACGCAUCGCCAACCAAACACCAGCCUCAAAUCUAUCCUGGCAUGGCGGGCCUGGAGUUUGCCCCCUACAUCUGCAUAGAGAACCAGCCUAACGGCGGCGCCCUGGUGGCCCACACCUACAUGUCCCAGCUCUCCUCUCUGUCCUUGAGCCAGAGGCACAGAUUCGCCCAGGAGUUUAUCACCUUGGCGUUCAGUGAGGACGCAAACCAGGCAGCCCACUAUGUCAUGGGCAUCGUCCACGGAGCAGCUGCCUACCUGCCGGACUUCCUGGAUUAUUUCUCCACUAAGUUCCCCUCGGCUCCGGUCAAAAUGGAGAUACUGGGAAAGAAGGAUAUAGAAACGACCACGAUGGCUAACUUCCACUCUCAGGUGAAGAGGACGUACAGCCAUGGGACGUACAGAGCCGGGGCCAUGAGACAGAUCAGCCUGGUGGGAGCCGUGGACGAGGAAGUUGGGGAUUAUUUCCCAGAGUUCCUCGGCAUGCUGGAGGAGUCGCCCUUCCUGAAGCGGACUCUGCCAUGGGGAACGUUCUCCAGUCUGAGGCUGAUGAAUCCCACAGAAAGCGACGAUGGUCCCAUAAUGUGGGUCAGACCAGGGGAGCAGAUGAUACCUGUAGCUGACAUACCAAAGUCCCCUUUCAAAAGGAAGAGGUCCACCAAUGAGGUGAAGAACCUGCUGCAGUACCUUCCCAGGACCAGCGAGCCCAGAGAGAUGCUGUUUGAGGACAGAACCCGUGCCCACGCCGACCACAUCGGCCAGGGGUUUGAACGACAGACCACAGCUGCCGUCGGGGUGCUGAAGGCUGUCCGUUUUGGAGAGGGUUCAGAGCCCCCUCGUGUAACCAAAGACGUUGUGUGUUUCCAUGCUGGUGAUUUCCCCGAUGUAGUUCAGAGGCUGCAGUUGGACUUGCAUGAACCUCCCCUGUCUCAGUGUGUGCAGUGGGUGGAUGAUGCCAAGCUAAACCAGCUGCGGCGCGAGGGCAUCCGCUACGCCCGCAUCCGCCUGUGCCAUGACGACAUCUACUUCAUUCCCCGCAACGUGGUCCACCAAUUCAAGACCGUGUCCGCUGUCAGCAGCCUGGCCUGGCACGUCCGCCUGAAGCAGUACCACGUAGCAGAGGGGGAGGAGGAGGAGGAGGAGCAGGGGGAGAAGGAAGAUGAAGUUAAGAAAGAGGAGGAGGAGGAGGGGAUCGAGGAAGCAAGGGAGAUGAAAGAUAAGAAGAAGGCAUCAGUGGAGCUGAAGGAGGGAGAGGAGGGGAAGAAAAGGUUGGAGCUGAAGAGAGAAAAGAAGGAGGAGAGAGGAGAGAGAGGGGCAAAGGAGAGACUAAAGGAGAAAGAAGUGGAGGAGGUUGUGGCAAAGAGCAGGACGUUACUGGCAAUUAAAACAGAGGAAGAGGAUGUUCCUCUUCCUCAUCAUCCUCAAAAUCCUCGUCUGUCAUCUUGGGAGAAGGACAAAGAAAGAGUGAGAGAGGCGGGGAGGCCGAAACAACGGGAAUCCCCUCCCACAAAGAUGAAAGCGGACCCUGUGGCACCUCCCCUCAGCAAAGAGAAAUCACCUCUGCCUCUCCCUUUCUCCUCUCCUGCCUCUCUACCUCUUCACCAGGACGUGAAACCCAAAGUGCAGCAUCAUCACCUUCAUCACCAUCAUCAUCUCUCAGACAGCCGAACAGCGUCUUCCAGUGGAGGCUCCAGCUCCUCGUCCGCUGCUUCUCAUCGGGCAUCAAAGUCACCUCUGUCUUCCCCCUCUCCAUCCUUCUCUCCUUCGACAGGAUCCACCGUUGCUCCUUUGAGCUCCUCUGUCUCCUCUCUUGUUCCUUGUCCAUCUUCCUCCUCUUCUCCUGCUCUGUCCUCCUCCUCCUCCUCUUCCUCCUCCUCCUCGUCUGUCCUCACCAGUCCCAAACCUGCUGGGUUCCAUGUGAAUUCUCACCCUUCCCAUCAUGCACUCUCUCAUCUCUCCACACUCCCUUCUUCCACUCCUUCCUCCUUAUCUUCGCCUCCCCAGCUCCCUACUCCUUCUCAGUCCGAACAGCCCAAGGACAAAGACUCACUUCGCCCAAAGCCAGACGUCCCCUUAGACACACGGACGCACCCGUCAUCAGACGUGUCACAGGACAAAGCCCUGCAUGCGGCGGAUGUACAGACACACGCCUCUGUAAACGUGCCAGCGCACACACGGACACACACAGCCUGUAUGCCGACAGACGCAUGGACACACACACUCACAGAUAAACGGACUCACAGUGUGGACUCACACAUGCCUGCGGAUCCACAGAUAAACACACUGCAGGACGCAGGGAGGCAAGGAAUACACAUGCAGCAAUACACACCCCAGCUUCUCCCGCCUCCCCACCUCCCUCAGAUGCUUUCCCCCUCCUUCUCUCCACUCUUGCGGCACUCCCACCCUCCACAUAGACCCUCAGUCCUGCCCUCGAACCCCCUAUCCAAUCCCUCACACACUCCAAACCCAUCACAUUUAGCCCAAACACAGUGCUCCUUCCUCAGUCAGAAAACACCAUCCCACGCAGCGACCCAGCUUCACCUCCAUGCCCCGAAUACAACCCUGUGCCAACCAAAUAUCUCCACUCAGCCUCAACCGUAUUACCCUCAAAUGUCUCCCCUAAUUGCUCCACAUCCUUCCCCCUCUCAACCAAAUGCGCCCCAAUCUCACCUGCACCAGCUCGUCCCACACAGUGAAAGCUUCUUCCACCCGCAGCGCUCCCACUUCACCCCUCACCCCUUCCUCUCCCACCCUCCCCAGCAUCAGCCUUUGAUCUCUCACCCGCCCGGAUCUUUCCCUCCACGACCUCAAUACCAACCCUCAACACCAGCGGUGUCUCAGCACCCUCCAUCUCAGCCUGUCCACACUUCCUCCCAACCCCGUCCUCCCCCAUCCUCCUUGCAGGCGCCUCCUCCUCCACCACCUCCUCCUCCUCCACCCCCUCCUCCCCAUCCUCCCCUCUCUCUCCUUCCCCCUCCACCCACACAGCCCCCACUGCAUGAAGAGGAGCAGAAACAGAUUUUAUAGAGUUUUUUUUUUUUUUUUUUUUUUUUUUUUUUUUUUGUACAUAAUGAUACUGUUUUUAAAUGACUGUAUAUGUCCAAGCCUUCAUUUGGGGGUUGUGCUGUUGUAAAACGAUGUAUAAAGGAAAUGAGGAAGAUGAUAAUAGAGUGUGUUGCUAUGGACACAGUGUGGUGUACUAGUAUAUAAUCAGAGCUUGAUGUUUAUACCCAAACCUCUGGACUCGGCCCAAUAGCUUAGGGUUGGAUUUUGCUAAUUUUGAUGCUUAAUUGCUUGGAAUGGAUUGUGCUGCAGUUCAAAAAUAUUGAAAUUGUAUUGCAUUUAUUGGUAGUUUGGGUCUUCAGUCAAGUUUGGGUUGCGCAAAGUGUAUACCCCCUGGGACUUAGUUUGGGUUUAGCCAGGAGAUUUAUCACUUUUACAUCUGAUUGGGCUCUAGUUUUCAGAGUCAAGUCAGCUAAGCACUGUCUGCUGUCUGAUUCUGUGUUUGUUGUUUCUUUACCUGAGCAUAACCUUUCCUAAUAUCAGAAUAUCUCCAGUGCACUGCUAAAACUUUGUAUCUUCAAAAAGUCCACUAAUUAGGAAUUGUUUAAACUGGUUUGUUUCAUCCCUGAACACCUUUUGCUUUUUUAACAUUUUAUAAUGCAGCAGCAGUGAUUUGGCAUGGUCCAAAGAUCAUUAAACAUUUUCCACACACUGGGGACAAUGUCCAUCGGUAGUAAUAAGGAAACAAAACAGCUAGUAAGCUGAAGAUAUAAAGCCUCUGCAGUUGACACUGAUGAAAUUUGAUCAUGAGGAUUGGUUUUGCUUAUUAUGCAGCAAAUGCUUCAAUUUUUGUUGCUGUUUUUGGUCAAUGAAGUCACAUGCACCUUAAGUUGCGCAUAUAAUAGAGACUGUUUUCUAGUAUAAUAUUUCUGCCCAGGACUGUCAAGAAUGAGGGUGGUCAAAAGUCACAAUACUUUCUUAUUCAAUAUUGUAUUUCUGUAUUUGCCCUGAAAUACUGUCCCGAUACACCGUAAUUGAACAGUGUAGCACAGUAAUUAAUAUUUUAUUUUGAGCAAUAAUGCCCAGCAAUCAACUCCCCAGUAUAAUAUUGCAGUUCCCCCACACUGUUGUAGGCAUGGUUACAGCAAGUAUAAGUAACAAGUAUUUUCUGUUUAAUUUUAAUAUUUUUCAUGUAAUUUCAGACAUGUUAAUGGCAAAACAAUAAUGUUUCAUCAAGUCAAGUUUUUUCAGCAUAAAAAAAUACCAUGGAAUAGCACUUGAGAGUCUAAAAAUUAAAAAAAGCAACUUAAUGAUGUCUGGUGGGUAUUUACAUCACCAGUUUUAGUGACCAACAAGGACAUUUGUGCAGUCAGAAAAAAGGAAGCCCCCUUGUAAAUAAUAAUAAUAAUAAUAAAAAAAACUAAAAUACUAAGUCACAGUAUACCACAGUAUUGAAUCACACCAUCAAGAGUCACGGUCAUAAUGUGGCACAAGUAUUGUGAUUAUCUUGUUCCAGUACCUCUCUGCCAAGUCCCACCCCAGUCCUGUGGCAGAGCUCCUAGUGUAAUUUUGCUGUGUAUUUUCAGUGUCUCUUGGAUGUGUACCAAGGUCUCCUAAUUUUGGAAACCAAACAUUUGCGAGUCAGCGAAGGGGGAGUCCAACCCGGCUUUGGUUGUUAUAUAGACCUUCAAGGUCUCAGGAAGGACUUUUCAGGAGGGAUGCACAAAUAUUAUCUUAUUUAAUUAAAUUAAGUGCUAAAUGUUAUCUAUUUGACAAGAAGUUAUGAUGUUACCAACAUUAUAAGCUUUGAGUAUUUGCUUGGGUCAUCGGGACAAAAUGAUGGUCUGAUACAUGCUGUUAGCAACCACUAUAGUGAAUCCCAGAUCUGACAGUACCUGGAUAAGAAUGACAACGUGAGAGGGAACUAUAGCAAUACCAUAGAGAAAGGUCAGGACUUCCCAAAUGAGUCUCAACACCAGGGUCGCUGGUUUUUGGCACUUUGUAACCUGGAUAAGUCAAGUGCUGUGUAGAAACAGUAAUUAUUAUCAAGGUCAUUUUGGAUCGGGAAAUCCAGAUUAUCUCAGAUUCUUAUCUUAUUCCAUGCUCUUCCAAGACCGAUACUUUGAUGUUUGCGUUCAGCGUACCGAUCCAAGCUGCUUUGUAAACAGAUUGUACCAUGUCAGGUCUGUAAGACAAAGAAUCGAAGAGUUCAUCUCCAAAGCACUGAACAUCUGUUCUGGGAAAUCAUCAUCGAGUUUCCAUACAGUUUACAGCAUCUUGUCAAUACAAAUGUUAUUUUAGCAACCCCAUAUCCUUUACAAAGUCCAAUAAAUUGUCUAAAUUUGACCCUAUCAGCCAUUAUGAAGAUGAAUUGUUUUCCAAAAUGGUGGAUAUCUAAUUUCAGAACGACGCUCUUCAAUUCUUUUUACAGCGUUGGUCCCACAGUCUGGGAUCUUGUCAAGGAAACCUGAUUGUUUUGUCAUUGUUGUCUUGACGUUACUUAAUCGAUGUUGGAAUACUGCUAAUGUAGCCCGCAACAUUUCCCCAGUGCCUGUCCUUAACUGUGAACUAUUUAAUGGCCCAGAGCCACAUAGGGAAGGAGUUCUGUCCUUUUUAUGGCAGUUGUCAGGAGUCUAGACCCAGUUUUAACUUUUGCAUAGAAAUCCCUGCAGUGUAAGUUGGGCUAAGAAAAUCUUCAUGGCCCAGCGGGACAAAAACCAAGAAGCAGGGUUGUGUGUUUUAGUGAUUCGUCUGUUCACUGGUAUGGAAUAUCAGUCUUAUUUUGCAAAAAAAGAAAAAAAACAAAAAAACAAAAAUGGGUCUUCAGGAAAAAAAAAGAUAAUGUUAAUUCCAGCUUUCUGUCAUUUUGCCUCCAUCAGCUAAAUUUCUGUGACAGAACCCUGUGCUAUAUGGCUCUGGGGAGAGCUAGACGAUAAUAAAGCACUUGAUGCCAGUUGCAAGGCACUCUGCAGCUCUUUUUAUGCUUUUGGGUUUCAGAUGUUUCAAAAACCUGACAGGAACUUAUAUAUUUUUUGUACAAAUGAGACAAAAAAGUGGUUUCAAAACAAAGAAGUCUUCAGGGGCUUGUGUUUUCAUAGAGUUUAUUUAUCUCAAGUUUUUUUUUUCUAUUUUGUUCCUGUGAUUUUUAACUGUCAGCACUGUAGUGUACAUAAGAAGUUUUGUAAAGAGGAAAAAAAAUCUUGUAGUGUGGUUUCUACUUUAAAUAUGAGCCUAGCUAAUAAAAGGUUCAAUGUA